GGUGGAGCGAAUGAUUUGAAGUUAUCUUCUCUUUUGCUCACGGUCGUGGACCAAGCCAAAUUAUCGAAAGUUCCAGCAACCACUGCCGCACCACAACCACUUCCCGUCGAUCCAAACCUUCCACCAGUCGACAAAAGCGUCGACCUCGAUGGAGAUGGUCGGCUUAGCCUAGAAGAAGUUCAGUAUGCCGCUUUCGUCCACCAUGGAUUAUCCGGCACUGUCGUUCAGGACAUGUUCAACGAGGUAGAUCACAACAAAGAUGGUUAUCUCAAUUCAGCGGAAUUCAACGACAUCCGUGCGUUAGUGCUAGCCAAAGCCGAGAAUGCUGCUCUACGUUAUAUGCAGAGUGUUGAUACGGAUAAAAACAAGCUACUUUCGCUCCAAGAAGCUCAAGCCUAUAUUCUCAAGGAUCAUGGCAUAGGAUCCCGUGAUGUCGAACGAAUCUGGAAGUUGGUCGUACCAAAUACUUCAGCCGAAUUGGAUGCACAACAGUUCAGCAAGCUACGACGUCGUAUUCGUGGUAUGACCAUUAGACUGGCCAGACAGAUCAUGAAGAUUGCUGACACUGACGGUGAUGGACGCAUUUCACAAAGCGAAGCACAGGCUAUUGCUUUCGAACAAGAAGGCCUUGGAGCUGGAGACGUCGCUCAGAUGUUCGCCAGUGUCGACGACAAUAACGACGGCGAGCUGAAUGCUCCAGAAUUCGCCGAUUUUGAACGUAUCGUUCGUGCAAGAGCAGUGGAAACCAGUAAGAAAGCGCUCCGAGUUGUUGAUACCGAUGCUAGCAACACGCUGACAAUGGACGAAGCUAGACGAAUCGCAUUCGAACACUAUGGGUUUGAUGAGAACACUCUCGGACCAUUUUUCGAUCAAGCCGACGAGAACGAAGAUGGACAAUUGGAUGCCGUGGAGUUUGCCGGGUUCCGAUCUGUCAUCCGUAAUAAAGCUGUUCGAAAUGCCGCUCUUGUUUUGAAGGAGAUCGACCUUGACGGUGAUGGUAUGGUGAGUUUGUCCGAAGCCGAAGAAAAAACAAAACGUGAAGACGACAUGGAUUCCCAGGAGACCGCAGCACUGUUCAACAUAGCAGAUCAGAACAAAAGCGGUAAACUUGAUAAAGUUGAGCUGGCCGAUUUUAUUCGACUUGUCCGACUAAGUGCAAUUCGCUUCGCAACUGAUCACUUCAAGGAAUUCGACAUGAAUCAUGAUCGACUCGUAACCGUCGAUGAACUGGCCCAACUGAUCGAAAAUAAGUAUAAUGUGCCGUAUGACAUCACUAGGGAAUUUUUCGCUAAGGUACUUACCUUUUCAAUUGAUCUCUGCUAUUUGCGCAUUAGUACACGCCUUGUUUAUAUUUACUGUUUACACGUCGCGAGAGUUUCCUGA